AGCUGUACACAUCAGUGAUACAGCUUUAACAGGUUUUACAUGCUUCAGUGGACCGAAUAGGUUUCUAGCCAGAGCAACCUGGGGUUAGAUGUUUGACCAAUGGACACAUCUGCAUGUAGCCAUCAGAGCCUAAUGUCUAAGGACUUUUCUCAACAUCCAUACUUCUCAGUACUUGCGUACUCCAGUACUAAGUAAGUCCAAGUUCUGUUCCAAUUCUCAAGCAGCGAGGACCGUUCUCAUACCCAUUUUAAUAAUAUCGUGUGUUAACACAUUCAUUUGUCGAUUGAUAAGAUUUGAUAAGGAAUUACAUUUGAAACAUUUUUAGUUGUUUGUCUUUUUGGUAUUUUAACAGCUUAAUCUGAAAACGUGUUUGACAGUGGUUGAAUGUCAUGGAUAUUUGCAUACUAUAGGUUCAAUUAGUAUGUUGGCAAGGAGCAGGUAGAUUUCCCUCACUAACGAUUAUAAUCAUUCGUAUUGGACUUUGGUUCGCUCUCUCUAAUGUUGGGACUAUACCUGAGCAUCAAGUUGUUUGGAACCAUGUUUGAAACAAAAGGGGGGGGUGCCCAGCAGAGUGGUGGUCACGCCCUGAGCUGAACAAACACAUGCUGUUUGAAAGAAAGAAAGAAAGAAAUUAAGAAAGAAAGGAAGAAACUGAUCCAAUCAAUGUAUUACAUGGACAAAUGUGUUUUAUUGAUGAUUGUGACUUGAAUGUAUUAAAGUUGUAGGAAGCCCGUAUUGAGUUAAUUUAAUUUAGUGAGGUUUUCUUUGACCGUCAGUUCAUGAGGUGUUACGUCAGGUUACGUUCUAUUACUGUUAAAUCAACAGAUCGUCAUUCACGACCUGGGACAUCAAGGGAAUACUUCUAUGAGUUGUUGAUCCUGUUGUGGAUUAAGUAUUUCUAUUUCUAUUCCUAAAGACGAUUGGACACGUGAAUAGAAACGACUUUCAAAGGUUUGAAUCUAUGACGUCUGGCUCUUCAUCCAAGAUGAAAGCACUAAGACUGACCUUCCUCCUCCUCUUUAUUCCUGCCAUGGUCUUAAUUUUCAUCCUCGCCGGACUAACAUCCAGGGCAGACAGGCACAUCUCAACCAUGGGUAGGCCUCCAAAUAUUGUCCCCAUUCAGAUCUCUGAGCAGACCUUCACCCGCCUCAACAACACCAAACAUCUACUGGUGUCAGCCUUCAUGGACCAGAGGAGGAAGGGCUUGGAUAUACGCAUCAUUGGCAUAUUUAAAAGAGACUCCAUCAACCCCCUGAACUGUUAUUUCUGGUGCGAUGGUCACAUGUCAGUCCCGACUCCAUCAGAGAUUAUGGUGCACUCAGACCACUUUGGUUUUCCCUACGGCACUACAGAUGUCAUGUGUCCAAUUCCUGAAAACUGCUCCGCUACACACGUUACUCUUGUGACUCGGCCAAACAGUGACAUUGAACCCGACCAGCUUUGGUUACCCAUAAGAAACAAAGAGAUGAAAGACAAUGUGAAUGACACAUUUCAGUUUGAUUUCACAGUCUGCAUCUCCAACCUGUUUGGAGACUACAACAAUGUGCUUCAGGUCGCCCAGACCCUGGAGAUGUACAGGUUGCUUUCUGUGGACAGGGUGGUGAUCUAUAACACCAGUUGUGGCCCAGAACUCGACCGCCUCUUGCAGGCCUACAUCCAGGAGGGCUUCGUGGAGGUGGUUCCAUGGCCCAUUGACCAAUAUUUGAGUCCUUCUGAAGGCUGGUUGUUCUCAAAGCAUGGAGGCGAACUGCACUAUUAUGGCCAGCUGACCUCACUUAACGAGUGCAUUUACAGAUCCAUGGCCCGAUCACGCUACGUCCUGCUGAACGACAUGGACGAGAUUGUUAUGCCGUACCAGCACACCAACCUGACGUCCCUGAUGGACAUGCUCCAACAGCAGCACCCAAAUACGGGGGUGUUCCUCAUUGAGAACCGUUAUUUCCCUAAAAAACACUUUGAACCAAGUAAAAGGUUCCACCUGCCGCAAUGGAACGGGGUGCCGGGAGUUAACCUUCUGGAGCACAUUUAUAGCGAGGAGCCAGACAGAAAGGUGUACCACCCACACAAGAUAAUAAUUCAACCAAGGAUGGUGGAGCAAACUUCAGUGCAUGAGGUGCUCAAGAAGUUUGGACAGGUUUUCAAAGUACCACCACAAGUUUGUCGGCUCAUCCACGUCCGUGCGCGACUGCAGGAGGCGCUAACUAUAGAUCAGCUCCAUGUGGACAAACGACUGUGGGAAUUCCACGAAAGGCUGAUUCCCAACGUGGACGUGGUUCUGAGGAGAGCGGGACUGCUGAACAGAGGGGCAGAGUUGAUGGACGAGUGAUUGCACAGACGCUUCAGUUGCCCCUUAUCUUUCACAGCACGCUUUAUUAAAUAUUGAUCUCAAAUACACACGCAUUAUGUAAUAAUGUAAUACAUUUGCACGCCAUCAUGUAAUAACGCAGCCUUAUGUAAUAAUCUGCCGCAUUAUGUAAUAAACUGCUUGAACGCAAUAUGUAAUCAA